AUGGCUUUGGUUCCCCAGCCUCCCGCCUCUGCUCGUCAGUUUGGCGCCGAGGAUGACGGCCUCGUCUGCCUCGAGCUUGAGGAUGGCUCCUCCUUCCAAGGUUACAGCUUUGGUGCCCAGAAGAGCAUUGCUGGAGAGCUGGUCUUCCAAACGGGUAUGGUGGGCUAUCCCGAGUCCGUGACGGAUCCUUCGUACCGUGGCCAAAUCCUCGUCAUCACUUUCCCUCUCGUCGGAAACUAUGGUGUCCCCUCGCGCGAGGCCAUGGAUGAGCUCCUAGGCGAUCUGCCUGCUCACUUCGAGUCUAGCGAGAUCCACAUUGCUGGUCUCGUUACAGCUUCAUAUGCUGGCGAGGACUUUUCUCACUUCCUUGCCACAUCUUCUCUCGGCACAUGGCUCAAGGAGCAGGGCGUUCCCGCCAUGUACGGCGUUGACACCCGUGUCUUGACCAAGAAGAUCCGUGAGAAGGGUAGCAUGCUGGGAAAGAUGCGCCUCGAGACUCGCGGCCUUACCAAUGGCUCUGCCAACGGUCAGGUUGAUGGUGCUCUCGCUGCUCUGCCCCUCGACCACUUUGAGCAGGUCGAAUGGGUCAACCCCAACAACAACAACUUGGUGAAAGAAGUAUCUAUCAAGGAGCCCAAGCUCUACAAGCCACCUCCGUCGGUCGCCCGUAAGCACCCGUCAGGGCGUACUAUCCGUGUUCUGUGCCUCGAUGUCGGUAUGAAGUUCAACCAGCUAAGGUGCUUCCUCAAGCGUGGUGUCGAAGUCCUUGUUUGCCCUUGGGACUAUGAUAUCGCCGGUGCCAUUGACGACUUUGAUGGUCUUUUCCUCUCCAACGGUCCCGGUGACCCCGCCGUGCUCGAGACCACCGUUAAGAACAUCGCUACCGUCCUCGAGAAGAACGAAAUCCCCGUCUUCGGUAUCUGCUUGGGUCACCAGCUCCUCGCCCGUGCUGCUGGCGCCACCACCAAGAAGAUGAAGUUCGGUAACCGAGGUCACAACAUUCCUUGCACCAGCAUGGUCACUGGAAAGUGUCACAUCACUUCUCAGAAUCACGGUUUCGCUGUCGAUACUGACAGCCUGACCAACGGCUGGAAGGAGCUCUUCGUCAACGCCAACGACGGCAGCAACGAGGGUAUCUACCACACUGAGAAGCCUUACUUCAGUGUGCAGUUCCACCCUGAGAGCACUCCUGGUCCUCGCGACACCGAGUUCCUCUUCGAUGUCUUCAUCAACACUAUGGCCAACUGCGCUGAGAAGCCUGAGCUCCUCAAGACCCCCGUCCACUUCCCCGGCGGCACCAUCGAGGAGAACGAGCGCCUUCACCCCCGUGUCCACGUCCGCAAGGUCCUGGUUCUCGGAAGUGGUGGUCUCAGCAUCGGACAGGCUGGUGAAUUCGAUUACUCUGGUUCUCAGGCUAUCAAGGCUCUGAAGGAGGAGGGCAUCUACACCGUCCUCAUCAACCCCAACAUCGCCACUAUCCAGACCUCCAAGGGAUUGGCUGACAAGGUUUACUUCCUUCCUGUCAACGCCGACUUUGUCCGAAAGGUCAUCCAGUACGAGCGUCCCGAUGCCAUCUAUGUCACCUUCGGUGGACAGACUGCCCUUCAGGUCGGUAUCCAGCUCAAGGAUGAGUUCGAGUCCCUUGGUGUCAAGGUUCUUGGUACACCCAUCGACACUAUCAUCACCACUGAGGAUCGUGAGCUCUUUGCCCGCAGCAUGGACUCCAUCGGCGAGAAGUGUGCCAAGUCCGCUUCUGCCAACAACAUUGACGAGGCCAUGCACGUCGUCAAGGACAUUGGCUUCCCCGUCAUUGUGCGUGCCGCCUACGCCCUUGGUGGUCUCGGCAGUGGUUUCGCCAACAACGAGGACGAGCUUCUCGACCUCUGCAACAAGGCUUUCGCCGCCAGUCCCCAGGUUCUCAUUGAGCGCAGUAUGAAGGGCUGGAAGGAGAUCGAGUACGAGGUUGUCCGUGAUGCUCAAGACAACUGUAUCACCGUUUGUAACAUGGAGAACUUUGAUCCCCUGGGUAUUCACACUGGUGACUCUAUCGUUGUCGCCCCCUCCCAGACCCUGUCCGACGAGGACUACAACAUGCUGCGAACAACAGCUGUCAACGUCAUUCGCCAUCUUGGCGUCGUCGGAGAGUGUAACAUUCAGUACGCCUUGAACCCAUUCUCCCGCGAGUACUGCAUUAUCGAGGUCAACGCUCGUCUGUCCCGAUCCUCAGCUCUCGCCUCCAAGGCCACUGGUUACCCUCUUGCCUUUAUCGCUGCUAAGCUUGGUCUCGGCAUUCCCCUCAAGGAAAUCAAGAAUUCAGUCACCAAGUCCACCUGUGCCUGCUUUGAGCCCUCGCUCGAUUACUGUGUGGUCAAGAUGCCCCGAUGGGAUCUCAAGAAAUUCACUCGUGUGUCCACACAGCUUGGUUCCUCCAUGAAGAGUGUCGGCGAGGUCAUGAGCAUUGGUCGAUCUUUCGAGGAAGCCAUCCAGAAGGCUAUCCGUGCCAUUGACUUCCACAACCUCGGUUUCAACGAGACCGAGGCCCUCAUGAGUAUUGAGGAUGAGCUCCAGACCCCCUCCGACCAGCGUCUGUUCGCCAUUGCCAACGCCAUGCACGAGGGUUACACCGUCGACAAGAUCUGGGAGCUCACCAAGAUCGACAAGUGGUUCCUCACCAAGCUCAAGGGUCUCAGCGACUUCGCCAAGAGAAUGACCGGCUACAGCACCACCGACAUUAGCACCAGCCCAUCCAUCCUCCUCCAGGCCAAGCGUCUCGGUUUCAGCGACCGUCAGCUCGCCAAGUUCUGGAGCUCCAACGAAAUCGCCGUCCGCCGCAUGCGACUCGAAGCCGGCAUCCAGCCCUUCGUCAAGCAGAUCGACACCGUCGCUGCCGAGUUCCCUGCCUUCACCAACUACCUCUACAUGACCUACAAUGCCUCCGAGCACGACGUCAACUUCGACGAUCACGGUGUCAUGGUCCUCGGUUCCGGUGUCUACCGAAUCGGUUCCUCAGUCGAAUUCGACUGGUGUUCAGUCAGAGCCAUCAGAACACUCAGAGCAACAGGUUUUAAGACAAUUAUGGUCAAUUAUAAUCCUGAGACGGUAUCCACUGAUUACGAUGAAGCUGAUAAGCUUUACUUUGAGAACAUUAACCUUGAGACUGUUCUUGAUAUUUACCAGCUUGAGAACUCGAGUGGUGUUUUGGGCGCUAUGGGUGGACAGACGCCCAACAACAUUGCUUUGCCUCUGCACCGUGCUGGUGUCAAGGUGUUGGGUACUUCUCCUGAGAUGAUUGAUAACGCUGAGAACCGAUACAAGUUCUCUCGUAUGUUGGAUCGCAUUGAGGUUGACCAGCCUACUUGGAAGGAGCUUACUAGCUUUGCUGAGGCUCAGGACUUCUGUAACAAGGUCUCUUACCCUGUGCUUGUCCGACCUUCUUAUGUUCUUUCUGGUGCUGCCAUGAAUACAGUUUACUCUGAGAAGGAUCUUAAGAACUACUUGGACCAGGCUGCUGAGGUUUCUCGAGAGCACCCUGUCGUUAUCACAAAGUACAUUGAAAACGCCAAGGAGAUUGAGAUGGAUGCUGUUGCCAAGGAUGGUAAGGUCAUUGGUCACUUCAUCUCUGAGCACGUUGAGAACGCUGGUGUUCACUCUGGUGAUGCUACUCUUAUCCUGCCUCCUCAGGAUUUGGAGGCUACUACCAUCGAGCGUAUUGAGGAGGCUACUCGCAAGAUUGGUGCUGCUCUUAACGUCACUGGUCCUUUCAACAUUCAGUUCAUUGCCAAGGACAACGAUAUCAAGGUUAUCGAGUGUAACGUCCGUGCCUCGCGAUCUUUCCCCUUCGUUUCCAAGGUUAUGGGUGUUGAUCUGAUCGAGAUGGCUACCAAGGCUAUCAUGGGCCAGCCCUUCCAGGCUUACCCUCCCACCGACCUUGCCCCCAACUGUGUCGGUGUCAAGGUGCCUCAGUUCAGUUUCUCCCGUCUCUCGGGUGCUGAUCCUGUUCUGGGUGUUGAGAUGGCCUCCACUGGUGAGGUUGCUUCUUUCGGUGUUGACAAGAACGAGGCUUACCUCAAGGCUUUGAUGUCCACUGGCUUCAAGAUCCCCAAGAAGAACAUCCUCUUGUCCAUUGGUUCUUACAAGGACAAGCGUGAGAUGCUUCCUUCCGUGCAGAAGCUUGAGAAGAUUGGCUACAAGCUGUUUGCCACUUCCGGUACCGCCGAUUUCCUCCAGGAGCACGGCGUUCAGUGUCAGUACCUCGAGGUUCUCGGCAAGGAGGAGGACCGCAGCUCCGAGUUCUCGCUCACUCAGCAUUUGGCCAAGAACACCAUCGAUCUGUACAUCAACUUGCCUUCCAACAACAAGUACCGUCGUCCUGCCAACUACAUGAGUAAGGGUUACCAGACUCGACGUAUGGCUGUUGACUACCAGAUCCCUCUUGUCACCAACGUGAAGAACGCCAAGAUUCUCGUUGAGGCCAUUGCCCGCCACUUCGAGCUCGAGGUAUCCAAGCGCGAUUACCAGACCAGCCACCGAACCGUCGUUCUCCCUGGUUUGAUCAACAUUGCCGCUUUUGUUCCUGGUAUUGCCUCCGCCAACAGCGAUGAUCUCCAGACAGUCACCAAGGCCUCCAUCUCUGCUGGUUUCAGCAUGAUCCGAGUCAUGCCUCUUGGUGUUGAUGGUGCCAUCACCGACGCCAUCACCCUCAACACUGCUCAGCAGAACAGCCGACGAGGUGGUUACUGCGAUUACAACUUCUCCGUGGCUGCUACUUCGGACAAUGCUGACCAGAUCAGCCACGUCACCGGCGAGGUUGGAUCUCUCUUCAUUCCUUUCAACCACCUCUCUGGCAACAUUAGCAAGGUCGCUGCUGUCACUGCUCACUUCGACUCUUGGCCCAACCACAAGCCAAUUGUCACUGAUGCCAAGCAGACCGAUCUGGCUUCCAUCCUCUUGCUUGCCAGCCUUCACAACCGUCGUAUUCACGUUACUUCGGUUACCAGCAAGGAUGACAUCAAGCUCAUCGCUCUCAGCAAGGCCAAGGGUCUCCAGGUUACUUGCGAUGUUUCCAUCUACUCGCUCUACCUCUCCCGCGACGAGUACCCUGAGUGCGAGCGUCUCCCUACCGCUGCCGACCAGAAGGCUCUCUGGGCACACAUGUCUACCAUUGACGUGUUCUCCAUUGGCAGUCUCCCUUACCGCCUGGCUACUUCGCUUGGCCACAAGGGUGAUCCUCACAUGGGUAUUUCCGACGCUCUGCCUCUGCUCCUGACCUCUGUUGCUGAGGGUCGCCUUACUGUCGACGACAUCAAGGACCGUCUCUACACCAACCCCAUGGAGAUCUUUGAGCUUCACGAGCAGUCUGGAACCACCAUCGAGGCCGAGAUCGACCGCCCUUACACUGUGGCUCCUGGCAACUUCUGGUCUCCUUUCGAGGGCCGCCGCAUGCGAGCCUCUGUUCAGCGAGUCACUUUCCAGAACACCACCGUCUGCCUCGACGGUGAGGUUCUUUCUGUCUCGCCUCAGGGCAAGGACAUGUCUUCGCACAUUGCUCCUCCCAUGUCGCCUCCUGUCAAGCCUACCACCUCGAUUGCCCAGACCACUGACUCACCACGAGAUCGCCGACUUUCCAUGCUGGGUGGCUUCCAGCCCCUGAACCGUCUCCGCGGUGUCGAUGCUGUUGGCGCCACUUUGCCUUCGCCCGCUCGUGGUGCUGCCCCUGUUGAUGAGCUUGCCCCUGGCCUUCAGCUUCAGCCUCUGGUCAGCUCUUCGCUCCAGCAGCUCCUGUCUCAGGCUUCGUCAUUCAAGAACGCCCACGUUCUGUCCGUCAAGUCCUACAGCCGAGCUGAUCUCCACCUGCUCUUCACUGUUGCACAGGAGAUGCGUCUUGGUGUGCAGCGUGAGGGUGUCUUGAACAUUCUCCGAGGUCGCGUCCUGACCACGCUCUUCUACGAGCCUUCUACCCGUACCUCGGCGUCGUUCGAUGCUGCUAUGCAGCGUCUUGGUGGUCGCACCAUCGCCAUCUCCACCUCUCACUCUUCCGUCCAGAAGGGUGAGACCCUCCAGGACACCCUCCGCACUCUGGCUUGCUACGGUGAUGCCGUUGUCCUCCGCCACCCCGAGGAGACCAGCGUCCACGUUGCCGAGAAGUACAGCCCUGUUCCCGUCAUCAACGGUGGCAACGGCAGCAAGGAGCACCCUACCCAGGCCUUCCUCGAUCUCUUCACCAUCCGUGAGGAGUUGGGUACUGUCCAGGGCUUGACCAUCACCUUCCUUGGUGACCUGCUCUACGGACGACCUGUGCACUCUCUUGUGUACCUGCUCCGACACUACCAGGUCCAGGUCCAACUUGUUGCUCCCAAGUCCCUGGCUCUUCCUCCCAAGGUCCGCGAGCAGCUUGUCGCUUCUGGUCAGCUCCUCUGUGAGUCUGAGACUCUCACUCCUGAGAUCCUGGCUCGCAGUGAUGUCCUUUACUGCACACGUGUGCAGCGCGAGCGUUUCCCUACAGAGGAUGAAUACCAGCGAGUCAAGAACUCUUACCGCGUGGACAAUGCUUCGCUCAAGCAUGCUAAGAGCUCUUGCAUCGUUAUGCACCCUCUUCCCCGCAACGAGGAGGUUGCUGAGGAGGUUGAUUUCGACCAGCGGGCCGCGUACUUCCGACAGAUGCGCUAUGGCCUCUACUGCCGCAUGGCUUUGUUGGCGUUGGUUAUGGCUGAUUCGUAA